ACGGGGGCGCGCGCCGGCCUCUGACGGGAGGCCGCGGCGGCGGAGGCGCGAGCUGCCCGAUAAUGGCGGCCUGCAGAGCCCGUGAGAGGGAGAAGCGGCGGCGGCUACCCUGAGAAGCCUUGACCUUGAAGAUGGUGAGUAGCCAGCCAAAGUACGACCUAAUACGGGAGGUAGGCCGAGGUAGUUACGGUGUUGUGUAUGAAGCAGUCAUCAGAAAGACCUCUGCACGCGUGGCCGUGAAGAAAAUCCGAUGCCAUGCUCCUGAGAAUGUUGAACUAGCCCUGCGUGAGUUCUGGGCCCUAAGCAGUAUCAAGAGCCAACAUCCAAAUGUGAUUCACUUGGAGGAAUGCAUUCUCCAAAAAGAUGGGAUGGUGCAGAAGAUGUCCCACGGCUCUAAUUCUUCCCUUUAUUUACAGCUCGUAGAGACUUCAUUAAAAGGAGAAAUUGCCUUUGAUCCCAGAAGCGCCUAUUACUUGUGGUUUGUAAUGGAUUUUUGUGAUGGAGGAGAUAUGAAUGAGUAUCUGUUGUCCAGGAAACCCAAUCGUAAAACUAACACCAGCUUCAUGCUUCAGCUGAGCAGUGCCCUGGCUUUCUUACAUAAAAACCAGAUCAUCCAUCGAGAUCUUAAACCUGAUAACAUCUUGAUUUCUCAAAGCAGGUUGGAUACCAGUGACUUGGAACCCACACUGAAAGUGGCUGAUUUUGGUCUAAGUAAAGUGUGUUCAGCCUCUGGGCAGAACCCAGAAGAACCUGUCAGUGUAAACAAGUGUUUCCUUUCCACAGCCUGUGGAACAGAUUUCUACAUGGCUCCUGAAGUAUGGGAGGGACAUUACACAGCAAAAGCUGACAUCUUUGCUCUGGGGAUUAUCAUCUGGGCGAUGCUGGAAAGGAUCACAUUCAUAGACACAGAGACAAAGAAGGAACUCUUGGGGAGUUACGUGAAACAAGGAACUGAGAUUGUGCCUGUUGGGGAGGCGCUUCUGGAAAAUCCCAAAAUGGAACUUCUUAUUCCUGUGAAGAAAAAGUCUAUGAAUGGGCGAAUGAAACAACUGAUUAAGGAAAUGCUGGCUGCAAACCCUCAGGAUCGUCCAGAUGCUUUUGAACUAGAACUCAGAUUAGUACAAAUUGCAUUUAAAGAUAGCAGCUGGGAAACGUGACACAUACAUUAUUUGCAAAUAUCUUGGAUGAUAUGCUGCUUCUGUUUUCACAGUAAUGCAACAUAAUGUGGCUGAAAAAGAACAUAAAAAGCUGAACCUCA